UUCUAGCAAACAUUCUAGCAAACAUGUGUAUUUUAAACCAGGCUGUAGCUGGAUGUCAUCAGCCUCUGAACUGAACUCUCAGUCCGGCUCUGGCUCAGCCCCACGGCGGCUCUUUCCCCCAGCAGAGCCUUUGUAAUGGGACACUGCUAAAUGAUGCUCCAGUGCAGUCAUGGCCUGUUACACCUGACUCGCUCCUCGCUGCACUCGCCUGUUGUUAGCUCGUCUUCUCCAGGCUAAUUUAUGACCCUUCCAGACUCACCGGCUACGAAUUACUCAAACUAAUCACGUGAGCCUGAUAACUUCUUUAUGCAUUCCUUGUUCUUGAUAUGUGAAACAUAGCAGAGGAGGUUGGAGCACACAGGAACUACACUUUGCUGGCUAAUGCUAUCAUGCACUUAAAGAAGAGAGAUCUCUUCUGAAGAUGUUUCCACAAUCAGGGAAAUCCAUUGUCUUUGACAACUUUCCAGAUCCCACUGACACCUGGGAAAUCAUCGAGACGAUCGGGAAAGGGACCUACGGAAAAGUCUACAAGGUGCUCAACAAAAUUGAUGGAAGUAAAGCAGCUGUAAAGAUACUGGAUCCCAUCCAUGAUAUUGAUGAGGAGAUCGAAGCGGAGUACAACAUCCUCAAAGCUCUUUCUGACCACGCCAACGUUGUCAAAUUCUACGGGAUGUACUACAAGAAGGAUGUGAAAUGUGGAGAUCAGUUGUGGCUAGCACUGGAGCUCUGCAAUGGUGGCUCUGUGACAGAUCUGGCUAAAGGCAUGCUGAAGAGAGGAGACAGAAUGGACGAAGCGAUUAUUGCCUACAUCUUGCACGAGGCCCUCAUGGGCCUCCAGCACCUGCACGUCAACAAGACCAUCCACCGUGACGUCAAAGGCAAUAACAUCCUAUUGACGACGCAUGGAGGGAUCAAACUCGUGGAUUUCGGUGUUUCAGCCCAGCUGACAAAUACCCGUCUGAGGAGGAAUACCUCAGUGGGAACUCCCUUCUGGAUGGCUCCCGAGGUAAUCGCAUGCGAGCAGCAGCUGGACUCAACCUACGAUGCUCGCUGUGAUGUCUGGUCACUCGGCAUCACCGCCAUAGAGCUGGGAGAUGGAGACCCACCCCUCUCUGAACUCCACCCAAUGAGAGCCCUUUUCAAAAUACCCAGAAAUCCUCCUCCUACUCUCCACCAGCCGGAGCUCUGGUCAGACGACUUUAAUGACUUCAUCUGCAAAUGUCUGAUUAAGGACUUUGAGCUGAGACCGAAUGUGCUAGACCUGCUCCAGCAUGUUUUCAUCAAACAGAUUGUUAGCAGAGAGAAAAUACUGCAGAAGCAAUUGAUUGAACUCAUUGAUCUCAACCAACAAAUAGGAGUCACUGAAAAAACAAGGCAUGAACGCAUCCACACUAAAAGAGGAAGCCACAUGAAGACACAGACGGACCCUGACGAGGUGGAUGACCUCGCCACCCUGGAAGUUCUGGAUGAGAACACCGUGACUGAGCAUCUUCAGAGUCGCUAUGGAAGAGAUCAGAUUUAUACCUAUGUGGGAGAUAUCCUCAUUGCAGUCAAUCCUUUCCAUAAGAUGGAGAUAUACACUCCUCAGUACACUAAGAUGUAUAUAGGAGCAAAGCGUACAGCUAACCCACCACACAUCUUCGCUGUGGCAGAUGUUGCCUACCAGUCCAUGGUUUCAUACAACGCAGACCAGUGUGUUGUGAUCAGUGGGGAAAGUGGAGCUGGGAAAACAGAGAGUGCUCAUCUGUUGGUGCAGCAACUGACAGUUCUUGGGAAGGCCAAUAAUCGGACACUCCAGGAGAAGAUCCUGCUGGUUAACAACCUGGUGGAGGCUUUUGGGAACGCCUGCACUGUCAUCAAUGACAACUCCAGCCGCUUUGGCAAGUACCUGGAGAUGAAGUUCACCUGUGGAGGAACAGUGGUUGGAGCGCAGAUAUCUGAGUACUUGCUGGAGAAAUCUAGAGUCAUCCACCAGGCAGUAGGGGAGAGGAACUUCCACAUAUUCUACUACAUUUAUGCUGGCCUGGCUGACAGGAAGAAACUAGCCCACUACAAGCUCUCCGACAGCAAAACACCUAAGUAUCUGUGCAACGAGCACAUUAAAUUAGGGCCUGACAUAGUGAGCAACACCUUCUACAAGGAGCAGUUUGAUGCAGUCGAGCAGUGUUUCAAAGUCAUUGGAUUCACCCUGGAGGAGCUGGGCAGUGUUUACAGCACCCUGGCUGCUAUCCUCAGCUCUGGGGAUAUCGAGUUUUCUCCGGUGGCCUCGGAGCACCAAACGGACAAGAGCGACAUCUCCAACAUUUCUGUCCUGGAGAACGUGGCGUCGCUGCUGUGUAUCCGCUCAGACGAGCUCCAGGAAGCCCUGACCUCCCACUGUGUUGUGGCCAGGGGAGAGACGAUCGUCAGGCCCAACACGGUGGAGAAGGCGGCGGAGGUGAGGGACGCCAUGGGCAAGGCUCUCUACGGCCGCCUCUUCAGCUGGAUUGUCAACCGCAUCAACGCACUGCUGCGGCCUGACAGCCAACUAGGAGAGGAUGACAAGGGCUUGAACAUCGGCAUCCUGGACAUCUUCGGUUUUGAGAACUUCAAGAAGAACUCUUUCGAGCAGCUCUGCAUCAACAUCGCCAAUGAGCAGAUCCAAUUUUACUUCAACCAGCACAUAUUCGCGUGGGAACAGGAUGAGUACUUGAAUGAGGAGGUGGACGCUCGGAUGAUUGAGUAUGAGGACAACAGGCCCCUCCUGGACCUGUUCCUACAGAAGCCCAUGGGGAUGCUCUCACUUCUGGAUGAGGAGAGUCGGUUCCCACAGGGCACCGACCAGACCCUCGUAGAGAAAUUUGAAACUAACCUCAAGACAAAAAGCUUCUGGAGACCAAAGAGGGUUGACCUUGGCUUUGGUAUUCACCACUACGCUGGGAAGGUGAUUUACAAUGCUGCAGGCUUCUUGGCCAAGAACAGGGACACGCUACCAGCCGACAUCGUCCUGCUGCUGAGGUCGUCAGAAAACGAGCUCACUCGCAAACUGGUCACCCAUCCCCUCACCAAAACAGGCAACCUUGCCCACACCAAGGGUAAAGGCAUAAACACAAUGCGCAGCUCGCGGACCCCGACACGCACCAUCACCUUAGCCAAGCCAGGUGAACGUGGAGACACUCCUUACCACCCCAGAGAAACCACCAAUAUGAGAACACAGACAGUGGCCUCCUACUUCAGAUACUCUCUGAUGGACCUGCUGUCCAAGAUGGUGGCAGGGCAGCCUCACUUUGUUCGCUGUAUCAAACCAAACAACGAUCGGCAUGCCAACAAGUUUGACCGGGAAAAGGUCCUGGUUCAGCUCCGUUACACUGGAGUUCUGGAGACGGCCAAGAUCAGGCGGCAGGGCUACUCGCACCGGAUCCUGUUUGCUAACUUCAUAAAGAGGUAUUAUAUUUUGGCUUUCCAUGCUCAUGAAGAGCCAGCUGCGACUCCAGAAACAUGUGCUGCAAUACUGGAGAAGGCCAAGCUGGAGAACUGGGCAAUGGGGAAGACUAAGGUGUUUCUCAAGUACUACCACGUUGAACAUCUGAACCUGAUGGUGCAGCAGGGCACAAAACGGAUCAUUCUGCUGCAGGCUUAUGUCCGAGGCUGGCUGGGAGCCAAGCGGUACCGGCGGAUAUUAAAGGAGCGAGAACAGAGUGCUCUGGUGUUGCAGUCAGCUUACAGGGGGCAUAAAGUUCGGAAGAGGGUGGCUGAUGACAAAAGCAAAGCAAAGUUUGAGGCCUUCAUCGUCCACUUUCAGGCUGUUUGCAGGGGUUAUCUUGCAAAAAAGAAAUACAAGGAGUUGGUAGAUGAGAAGAACAAAGCUGCGACCAAGAUUCAGGCCCGCUACAGAGGGCACAAGGAAAGGAAAAGCUUCAAAAGAAAACAGGAAGCCAAAGAGAAAGAGAAAGCAGAGAAGGCCCUUAAAGAAAAAGAAGAGACUCCUGAACCAGAGACGGUCACCAAUGAAGAAAACUCACCUGCCACCAACAACGAAGUGAAUAACGAGGACGACGAAGCCAAGGCUGCCGUGGUUCUCCAGAGCAACUUCAGGGGAUACAAAGAGAGAAAAAAGUUUAAAGAGAGAAAAAAGACGAUGGCUGGGGCUGAAUUAGAGUUACCAUCGUUGGAACAAGAAGGUGGUAAAGAGCCUGGCAGCAACAAAGGGGAAGGGGGAAAGACAGCUCAAGAGGAGAAUGACGAAGAUGAAGAAAGUACGUUUGAAGCAGAGGAGAAUGAUGACAGUGAUCACACACAGGUGCCAGAAGAUGACGAACAUACAGAAGUGGCAGAUGAAGCAGUGAUUGAGGAGGCACCAGCGGCAGAUGCUGCAAAAGAAGAAAAGGCUGCCGGGGAAGAGGCGGUCAACACAGAAGAAGAAACCAAGGCUGCCACUGUUAUCCAGAGCAAUUUCAGAGGCCACAAAGAGAGGAAGAGGUUACAGGAGGAAGGCAAGAUCCCAGCUAAGAAACAGAAAGCAAAAAGUCCUACGGGUGAUGAAGUUCAAACGCCAGCAGAAGAAAUCAGUAGCCAGGAGACAGAAAGAGAAGAACCGAUGGAGGCUCAAGCUGGAGCAGAUGUCAUGUCAGACGACCAAGACGAGACCAAAGCAGCUGUGGUGAUUCAGAGCAACUUCCGUGGCCACAAGGAGCGCAAACGACUCGAGGAGGAAGGAAAGAUCCCUAAGAAGGUGAAGAAGGACAACAAAGUUACACCGGAACCUCCAAAAGAGGAACACCAGGUAAUGCAGACAGAAGAAUCAGUGCCAGAAUCCCAGCCGGGUGAUUCUGCCAAGAACCCGGAGGGACUGGACGAGGAAAAAGCUGCCACUGUCAUUCAGAGUAACUUCAGAGGCCAUCGCGACCGGAAGAAACUGAAAGAAGAGAGAGAAACUCGAAACAAAGCAAAGGUUGAUGCAGAAGAGGAAACAAAAGAGGAGGCAGACGAGGAGGCCCUGGAUGUCACCGAUGUUGUGAUAGAACGUAAAGAGGAGGCCCUGGAUGUCACCGAUGUUGUGAUAGAACGUAAAGAGGAGGCAGAUGCUGAAAAAGAAAGACAGGAGGAAGAGCAAGCUGCAGUGAAGAUCCAGAGUAACUUCAGAGGGUACAAGGACAGGAAGAACCUGAAGGCCAACAAGCAAACAACACAGACGCAAACGGCACAGCUAGAGAACUUCUCCAAACAGAUCACAAAAACUUCUCAGGACUUUCUGGCCCUGCAGCAGAAGUUGAAUGAGAUCAUCCAGGCCCAUCAAUCAAACCCAGAGAACAAUGGCAUGUUUGUAAGAGGAAAAGCAAUCAAUGGCUAUGCUCCCCAGAAUCACCAAUCAACUGACAAGAGAUUGUCGAGGACUCCCCGCAGGACCCAGCAGCCGAAGACCCUCAACACACCAGAGGACUCCACCUAUUACACCUUGAUUCAUAGGUCUGUCCAGGAUGAUAAACGCAAGCCCAGGAAAGAGGAUCCAGGAAAGCUGCUGGAUGUAGAUGACCACUACUACCGGGAACUGCCCACCAGCAGGUCUGAACCCUCCAUCUCCACAGAGGACACGUCGCACAGCAGCACGCCUGAGAGAAGGCACUCUGUAGAGAGGAGGCAGUCCACAGAGAGGGAGCCGGCUUCAGAGCAGAGACCAGCUGCUGCCAGUAGACCGACCAGAGAGAGGGCCGUCACUGAACCCGAGCCUCCCAAACCUGCCACUGACAACAGGCACUCUGUUCCCAGAAUGCCCUCCACAGAGAGUCGGGCUGACGAGAAUCCAUAUGACUUCAGACAUCUACUGAGGAAGACCUCCCAGAGACGAAAGCUCAUCAAACAGUACUGAACGCAUAACUGAACUUUUUUAAAGCCAUUUGGCACAUAAUCUGUCAAAGCAGGUUACACAUGAUGUGGCAACCUAACAUAUAUCAUGCCAUAUGAUGUACGUGUAUUUGAUUCAUCACAGCUUCUUUAAAAACCGUUGAAACUUUAUAGUUACAGAAAUGAAUGCUUUGAUUGUAAGUCACCACCAGUGUAAUUAAUCUAAAUGCAGCAAAGACAGGAUGAAGGUAAAUGUAAAUAAUAAAAUACUACUCCCUUUUAACUUGCUGUAAAUGAAGGUUUUAUUUAUGCAAUUUGUAAACUAGACGCAGCUACUUUUGCUCAUCAAUUUCCUGUUUUUUAGUUUGUGUUUGAGGUUGUCCUUAUCCAUUUAAAAAGCAACUAGAAUUGUGUAAAAUAUCUUUAGAUCGUGUAAAUACAAAAGCCAUGCUCUCACACUUGAACACUUGGCAUUUCGAUCCAGUUUUGAAGAACAUAUCUCUGGAAAAUCAGCUUCAGUGUUGUCAUGUUGUAUGAAAUGUACAUUCUCCUGUCUGCUAUAAUCUCUGUUU